UCGUUUAGAAAUUUAUCUAUAGUAAUAGUAAAGUAAAUAUAAUAAUUGUAAAUAAUAAUUAUUAAAGAAUAAAGGAAGCGUCUAUGUAGCCGCCAGGAAUGGGUUUGUGUAAAUGUCCUAAACGCCAAGUCACUAAUCAGUUUUGUUAUGAGCAUCGGGUUAUUGUCUGUGAGCAUUGCAUGGUGCAAAAUCAUCCGAAAUGCAUGGUUCAAUCAUAUCUUGACUGGCUUCAAGAUGCAGAUUAUGUAGCCAAUUGUACGUUGUGCUCUACCGGUUUGGAAGAAGGCGAAUGUGUGCGUUUGGUUUGUUAUCAUGUUUUUCACUGGGAAUGCUUAAAUGCCCGACAGUCAUCUUUGCCGGGAAAUACCGCACCUUCUGGUCACCAAUGUCCCACUUGUAAAACAGAAAUCUUUCCUACUUCAAAUUUGGUAUCGCCAGUUGGGGACGCUUUAAAACAACAGCUCUCUAAAGUUAAUUGGGGUCGUAAUGGUUUAGGUCUAGCUUUGCUCAGCGAAGAAUCUAUGCCACAAACAAAAAUGCUGACUUCAUCGGCAAUGGUUAAUACCAGUAAAACGUUUACGUCCACCACCGCAACUGUGAGCGGUGUGACAAAAGUUCAUCAUAGCAGUAACGCGGAACGUUUGAAGGCGAAUGGUGCUUUUAAUAAUAUUAAUGUGAAAAAUGAAAGUCCACAUUCCGUUUUAUUAAUGGAUGCAUUUAAUCCGCCUUCCAAUGCAGAUGUACAAGCUAGUAGUCGUCGACCACUGCUUGCCCGUCAAUCCCCUAUUGGUGGCACUGAUCGAGAUGAUAACAAAUACGCUAGACGCACUACUACAGAAGUUUUCUCUAGAUGGUCACGACGUUUCUAUGCUCCUUCCUCGAGACCGCCGUGGAGACGUACAUGGUUUUUGGUGCUUAGUGGCGUUUUAGCGUUUGUGGUACUCGUUUACUUAAUGGCUGCAUUAGGUAGAGGAGGCUCACGGGAUGGUUUAGACGAUGGUUGGAACAAUCCAAAUCCGCUGCCCCCCCAAAAUUUGCAUUACGAUUAAACUUUCAUAAAUUUUCUUUUCAAAUUUUUCGAAAUCAACGCAGAAAAGUUUAAAAGUAAAUCGAGUUUUC